CAUCAGCACGCGGCUUAAAUACCUGCAACCUCGCGCGCUUGAAACAGUAAACAGAGCGGCUGCUUCUCCAUGUGGACAUGCUGAGAACUGAAGUGAACAGUUUCUCAUGAUUCACAAACUUUGCAGGCAUGGAUUAGCUUUUUUUCCCCCAAACUUUUUUUCUGCACUUUACUCAAAGUUCCGACUUAGUUGAUUAUUUUUUUAUUUAUUUUUUUUUAAGAAUGAUUAAUGAAACCGCUGCGUUUGGGGAACUGGACACCGAUGUUUCUGAGCCGAUGCACUCUCAUCUCCUCAGCCACAACCUCACGACCUUCCCCGCGCUCCGACUCGAGUCCAAGUCGCUGGUCACUUCAGCCACGAUGUUUGCCGUAGGAGUUCUGGGGAACCUCAUCGCCAUUGUCGUGCUGUGCGUCUCCAAGAAGGAGCAGAAGGAAACCACCUUCUAUACGCUGGUGUGCGGGAUGGCCAUCACCGACUUGCUGGGCACAUGCUUCACCAGCCCGGUGGUCAUCGCCACGUACGUGGCCAGCCGCUGGCCGGGAGGCGAGCUGCUCUGCCACUUCUUCUCCUUCUCCAUGCUGUUCUUCGGCUCAGCCGGGAUGUCCAUUCUCUGCGCAAUGGCUGUGGAGCGAUAUCUGGCCAUCAACCACGCCUAUUUCUACUCCAAGCACAUAGACCGGACCAUGGCGCGCUUUGCGCUCCUGGUCACCUACCUGGCCAACAUUGUGCUGUGCAUCAUGCCCAGCUUUGGCUUCGGCCAGCACGUCAGGCACUUCCCCGGCACUUGGUGCUUUCUGGACUGGAGGUCGGUGGAUCCGGUUGGCGCGUGCUACUCUUUCCUGUACGGCGGUGUCAUGCUGCUGCUGAUCGCGGUGACUGUCAUGUGCAACCUGGCGGUGUGCAGGUCUCUGGUGGGGAUGAACCAGAGGACGGGGAUCGUCAGGACGGAGCUGUGUGAGCACAGCGGGUUACGGCGUCGCUUCACCCGGCUGUCUUCUGUAACCUCUGCCGCAGAGAUCCAGAUGUUCUGGCUGCUGGUCUUCAUGACCAUCGUGUUUCUGGUCUGCUCCAUUCCGUUAGUGGUGCGAAUCUUUGUGAACCAGCUCUACGACCCCUCCUACAUCUCUGCUGGGGGGAGACCUGACUACCGGGGCGACAUGCUGGCGAUCCGCUUCGCCUCCUUCAACCCCAUCCUGGACCCGUGGGUCUACAUUUUGUGCAGAAAGAACCUGUUGCUGAAAGGCUGCGGAAGGCUCAAGAGUGUGAUCACUCGGGCAAAGGACGGCCGUGGGGACGAAAAGAGCUGGGUGGGGGGUCAAAACUCCCCCCCAUCUAUACACAGCAACGACACCAGUUACGCGUCGUUGCGCACGGCCAGCUACAGGAACGAGCCGAGGCUCCCGCUGACCAUCAAGAACACCUCUUUCACAGACUUCGCGCUCCGACAAGCGUGGGAGUACGACACGGCGCGGGUCAACUUCCACCCGUUCGGCGUGGAGUCCGCGGCGAUCAUCGGCAGCGAAGAGGAAGCAGAAGCAGCGACUCACCCGGGACAGGACGCGGCGGAGACGGCUUCUCCAGGGCGGGGCGGCGUGAUGCACGUCCGCAGAGUGGACAUCGUUACCUGCACGUUCAGCACCUCGAGCUCCAGUCAGUCUGCCAAAUGCUUCUGAUGCCCCCAGGGUGGGCUCCAGGGCCGUCCAGAGACAUUUAAUGAGCCAGGGGCGCAACGUCUAAAGAAAGGGGCUUUAGUCAAGAAAAAGACAACACACCGAUAUAAUUUAAAGCAUACCAAUAAGUGCCUCUUGAAGGUUUUCUUGAGGUUAUUGCUCAGUUCCACUCACCCUGUCUCUGUUUUCCAGAUGGCUGUAUAUUAUUUUUCUAUCUGUUUUUGUUUGCUUCCAUUUUUCUCCUUCCUUCCAUCAAACCAAACGUGUCAAAUUCAUGCAUUUUAUGUCAUUAAUGCGACAGUUGCACUCAUAAACAGGACAAAGCGUCAGAAUGUUUACAGUUUGUCUGUGACAGAGAAGGCAGCUGAAUUUUAUAAAUACGUAAAAUACUCAUGAAUCAUUUGGAUGCUGAGCAUUUUUAGCGGUUUUAGAUACAAACAGGAAGGCUUUCUGCCGAGGGUGGAACAACACCAUGAAAGAAAAUCAGGCUCUAAACAGGUUUUCUAGCUUUUCUAUUGCUUAUUUGCAUAACCAGUCCAUAAACAUGGGUGGUGAGCAAACAGAAAGCAUUGUAAGAAAACAAAACAAAAAUAAAAUAACGAAGAACGCUGAGGCUGGAGUUAGUGUCAUUUAACUUUUUAUGAUUCAGAGCUAAGUUAAAGGAUUGUUUACAUGUUUUAAAGUAGUCAGAACAUUUGGGAAAUAAAACCUCACAUAUUUAGACUGAUCAGUCAGACCUCAGCUGGAUUGAUCUACACUGAACAUUAUUACGAAAUCUUUAUUUUAUUUGUGAAACAACCAAAAAAACACAACAUUUUGGCGCCUCAGAACUACCUGAUGUAGGAAAACAUGAAAAGCACAAUGUUUUCACUGGUCAAGCCUGGAUUGAAAUAGUGUACAGUGAUUAUGGAUGCUGUGUUGGCCUGUUUCUAAAAGGUUAUUUUGGACAGCUGGCGUCUGUGGAGGAGUGCAUGUGUGUGUUGUGUCAGGGGAGUGAGGAAGCCUUCCAGAUCACCCAGGUGAAUGUUCUCUCUGCUGUUGGCUGCUGACUCGCAGCUCAGUGAGUUGAUUUCAUUGGUGUUUUUGUGUAAGUCUAGUGAAGGGUUAGCUCUGUAAACCUGUGGCUCUCUUCUAUAAGUGGGAGGUACCAGUCAUGUUUGUCCAGGUCCAGGACAAAACGAAGCUGCUCCAGAAAGCAGAGUGAGAGGGAAAUUGCCUGGUGGAUAAUUAGGGGAAGAAAUGUUUUGGAAAGUCUGAAAAUCUGAAGCUGAAGUUGUCAGCUGGAUUAAUGGAAAACCAACUCCAUCAUUAACUGCAUAUUGGAGUAAGAUAAAGCUUGUAAGUGACCGAGCAAUGGGAUGUCAAAGAAAUUUAAGGUGGGCAUUUUUGCAGGAAGGGAAAUGUGCAUCACCACUAAGGGCUGCACAUUAUAUCGUAGAUGUGUCAUCAUCACAGUGUCAAUGUGUGCAAUAUUCAUAUCGCAAAGGAGUGCAAUCAUUGUUGGCUAAAAUAUUCAAAGUGUUAUGAACUUGUAUUUUUCAUGCUAAUGUCAUAUUUUGCCACCUGGAUAGCAUUAUUUAAGUUUGAUGUUAUUUCAUUUUAUAAUGUAUUCAUUGCAGUAUUACUGAUAUCAUCCCCAUUGCAAGAUUUCUAAUAUUUUGCAGCCCUCACAUCAAGAAUAACUCUCAAAUACAGACAAAGAAUUAGGUUCAUUUUUAACAAGAUGACAGGAAGAUAGCAUAGCAUAAGGUGUUAUUCAAGCCAUCUGUUUAAAAUUUGUGUAUUUUUUCAUAUUGAGUUAUAAAAAAAAUCACAAUAUCAGUUUUUCCAAUAUUGUGCAGCUGUAGUUCCCAUAACGACCAGAGAGUAAGGCAGAUUGAAACACAUGUUUGGGAUUAACCUGGGUAUCAGGGAAAAUCAACUUUUUUAAGCUUUACUUUAUGUUCUGUUAUUUGAUCUUCAAAAACAUGCCUGGAGUGUUGCCUUGAUUAUUUCAUGCAUGUUUGAGGAAUCCUCAAAUCUCCCGGCGCAACCAAUCAGGGUGCAUAAACGCUUGCUCUCACCAAGUGAUGUGUUUUCCACACAACUCCUGCUUGGACUUCCUGAAGGAGGAGUGUCGGAAAGCGUAGGAGCUUCUUAAAGAGACAGAGACCGAUUUCAAGGCAUCAAACUGCAACGUCAUAAUUCUUUUAUGUUACUUUUGAUACAUAAAGCAUUUUCAUAACAACGGCAGUUAACACAGUUGCUUGUGCCAUAAAAUUACACCAUGUGCCUGGAAAACACAUAACACUGUCCCUUUAAGAAGGAUUUUAGUAGACUAUACCUUUAUUUCUUCUUCCUGGUCAUUAUAAGUGUUACUUCAACAUGUUUCAUGCUUUAGAAUGUAGAAAAAUCUCAUUAGAUGUGGAAAAAACAUAACAUUUUUCAAAGGUUUCCUCUCAGCAGAUUACCUCAGUGAUGUUAAAAAAGCAGGUUUCUGCCAGCAGGUUUUAUGAUCUAACAAGCUAAUGAAGUAUUAGCUUUUUCACACACUUUUUCACAAACUGGAGAGAAAAAUUCCAAUUUGUAACCUUUAUUUGAAACCGAAACACAGUGAGAUUUGUACGUUUGUGUAGAGACACGGGAAGGCACUGAAUGAAAGUUGCAGACCUCUGACAGCCAACUGUGGAGCCAAAACAAACACAAUUUAAUAAGAAAAAUAACAUCAAAUACCAGACAGAGUAAUGAUUUAAAUUAGACAUUUACAAAAGUUAAAUAUAGUUAAUUUGGAAUCAAUUCCCAAAUAAUUGUCAGUUACCUGUUGUAUUUUAUUCUUAUAACCCAAUGUUUAAUUUUUAUGGUUCUGGUUGUAUUUUUUCUUCCAGCAGUGUUGAGUUUUCUGUGUUUUCAGCCAAAUCGCAGCAAAGCGUCCAACCAAAAUGUGUCACAUUUUGUUGAACAUCUUAAAAACACUGUUCCACCUCAUGCAAUCAGCAAGGCCUGGCCAGGAUGAUGGGAAAUCCUGCCUAAUGAAACACUGGCAGCAUUUAGCCACUAAUCGUGAGUCGAACCAGCAGUGCACUCUGGUGGUGCUGGCUCACAUGCUGCUCUUUAGCCUAAAACUGGAUUUGGAAAAAUGUUCUACCAGCAUCUGCCAGAUGUCUUCAUAGCUCCCAAAAUAAAAGCACAAGACAAAAUGAGGUAGAAUGUAAGGUCUGAAGCUGUGCAUGGUGGAACUGGAGGAUUUUAAGGCCAGCAGCUGAAUCACUGUGGGGCGAAGAGCAAAACACGUUUUCCACUUCUCUGAUGAAAAAACAUCGGCUGCAGAAUGGAUCUGUGAAUGUUUGGGUUUUUUCUUCUAAGCACUGGAGCAGAAAUAUUAUAUUAAUCUACCCCAUGGGUACAAGUUGUGUAUGAUCCUCAGAGAUUAAUGCCCAAAGUGGAAAUGUUAGUGUCAUCCACUGUGCUGUUCAUCCAUCAUGUGUUGCUGUUGAUCUGUAUGCUCUCAUUUCAAGCACUGCUUUAUUUGUAAUGUGUGGAGAAUUUAAUGUAAACAUUGUGCAUUUGCUAGGUAUUCAUAUUGCAUAUUUUCAUUUUUAAGAUUUAUGCACUCACAGAAAAAAAAACGUCUUUUUUGUCAGACACUUUAAGAGAUUUAUGUUGGAUCUGUUGGUCGUGAGGAAAAAUAAAUAAAUGACUAAAACAUUAAAGCUGA